AUGGCUACUGUGCUGCUGUCGCCGUCUGCGGAGGCCGUACCACCCAGAAUGGUGACCAGUGCGGCAAAAUCCGUCGUGCAGCCUACCAUCAGCAUAUCCCCUGCGCCUGAGAAAAAGAAGCGCGGCCGGCGAAGCCGAAAGAACUCGGUCGAUGUCGCGGGUUCAAAGGCAAAGAAAUCACUGCUGCUGGACGAGCUGGGCGAUGCAUUGGUCGACCAGAUGUUCACCAUCACCCCUGGGCUCGACGACCACCUGGAUGUGUCAAGUACACCCGUCGUGGACCACCUGCGCAGCCACUUCACCACAUCUCUGACGGCAUCAUCGUGCGCCAGCUCCCGAAGCAGUAGCAGUCGCACGCUGACGGGCGUCGAAAUUACACCCGCCACCAGCCUGGACGACCGCGAGUCGCAAAAAAUCACCGCAUCAAUUACCUCAACCGCCGCACCCAAGUUAUCCAUCCCGCACUACCCCAGCACCAAGUCCCUCCGCACCAGCCCUCCAGCCGGCCAGCAGGGCGCAGUCUUCUGCCUCGGCGACUUCUCCACGAUGGCCGCCAUCCAGCGUCUAACCGCACAAUACGGCCGCGUUGCGCACAUGGGCAUCCUCGACCACAGCUACCGCUUCUUCGUAAACAAGAACUGCACCGGGGCGCUUUCCUUCAAAGUGAAAAAUGGCGUUGCAAUCGUCGGUGGCGAUCCGCUUUGCGAGCCGCUCAUGAUUCCCUCCCUCCUGUCCGAGUUCGCCACAUACCGCCGGCGACAUCACUGGGGCCUGGCCUUCAUGGGCGCGAGCGCAUCGUUCGUCCGCGACCACGCCCAGCCGCACGGAUGGACGACCAUCCGCUUCGGCACGGAGCGCGUGCUCAACCCGCAAAGCAACGAUGUCCUCCUCGAGCGCAGCGGCAAGCGCAUCGCCGUGCAGAACCGGCAGCUGCUGAACCGUGCCAAGGGUGGCGUCACCCUGGGCGUGUACGCCCCCGCCGUGCACGGCACCGAUGCCGAGCUGCAGACUGAGCUGGUCGGCAUCUACGAGGCGUGGCGCGCGCAGCGCAACCUCGCUGCCGGCCCCCAGGCCUUCAUCACCGUGUACGACCCUUUCGCACUGCCGGCUCUGAUGACCUUCGUGUACAGUCGCGGACCGGACGGCACGAUCAACGGCUUUGCAGCGCUGCGGCACCUGGGCGAAGGCGGAUACCAUGUCGACCCGUGCAUCGCGGCACCGGGCGCGCCCAAGGGGAUCAGCGAUCUGUUAAUCGUCGCGGCGAUGGCGCUGCUGCACCGUGCGGGUGUCUCGUAUCUAGGGUUCGGGUUUGAGCCUGUGGAUGCGCUGGCGCGGGAGGACAUUUCCGGUAUGGCGAGCCCAUUGGUGGGUCUCACAAGGGAGCUGUAUGGGCAUACCUUCCAUCGGCUCCCGCUCCAUGGCAAGAAGGCGUACCAUGAUAAGUUCCGACCGGACCCGGAACAGGAUUCUGGACUUUAUCUUGUGUUUCCAGGCGGAUUGCCGGGGCCGCGGCAGUUUCUGGCUAUGAUUCAUAUGGCCAAUAUCAGUUUGCGCAAGCUUGUGUUGGCGGAUCUGCGCGCGUUGGUGUCCAGACGCAAAGACAAGGCACCGUCGCCUCCAACUCCAUCGUCUCAAUCACCAGGGGAUCAUCCGGUUGCCGGGAACGGGUGA